UUGAUGCAUUGGAGAUACUAGUUUCAUUAAAAUUUUUAGUCUUUUAAUAUUAUUCCAACGUGGAUUAACAUUACAAUCACUAAUUGACACGUGUUAAAAAUAAUGGUCUUUCACACUUAUAGCAUUGGAGAUGCUCUUAAUGGAUUUUACUUCUUGUUGGUGUUAGCCCCUCAAAAUAUCUCGCGGAAUAGCCUAUAUUGGGGAAAAGAUGAAAACCUCCUAGCCCGCCAAUGGCGACAAUCUCCGCCGGUUUCUCGCGCUCCACUUUCAAUUUCUCACGGCCUUUUUCUUCUUCUCCGAUUUCUUCUCGACCCUCGUUCUCGCGAGCUCGAUUUUCUCGCUCGUCCGCCUCCAUGGAUUCCAGCGACGAGCUCAGAUCGAAGUUUAUGGAGUUCCCGUACGUUUCUGGCUCCCACAGAGACCUUAUGGUGGACCUAUUAUCCUCUGUAGAGACCCGCCUUGGAUCCUCGCUCGAGAGUUGUACUCUGCCUCCCGACGUACAACAUUUCGAAAACUCCACCGGCUCUGCCCGUGGGUCGCUCCAUCUCAGAUCCGGUCUCCCUUCUUCUCAGCUGCCGUCCGGCGAGGCCCUCAACAUCACGACCCUCUCGGCAUACCUAAAACCCUCGACCGACGCUCCUCAUUUCCUCCUCGAUCUCAUCCAAACCGGGCCCACUUCCCUUGUCCUUAUCCUAGACCUAACCCCACGCAAGGACCUCAUCCUCUACUCGGACUACCUCAAGAAGUACUACGAGGACACAAACCUAGACAGGCACAGAGUCCGCAUCGACGGCCUUCCCGAGGCAAAGCCCUACUUUUCACCCUCACUCUACGUACGGUCACUCCUUUCCCCGACUGCGAUUUUGGUAUCGGUUGGUGGAGAAAGGAGUGUCGAGGAUGUGAUAAGGGAGCACGUGGGGCCCGUUGCUCGUGAGGUGUUGGAUUUUUGGAUUGGGUUGUGCUCGUGUGCGGUGGGGAGCGUGGGGGGAAAGGAGAGGGACUGUUUGGUUAGGAGGGAUGGGAUUAUUAAGAGGACGACGGUCGAGGUGGAUCUUGGGUCAAGCUUUCCGAGGCUGUUCGGGCAUGAAGUGGCAGAUAGGGUUUUGGGUGCUUUGAGAGGAUAUUAUGGUAAAUGA